GCGGUGCUCGGGGGGGUGAUUUAGGGCCGGUGGUUCUCCUGCUCGCCGCAGGGCUUCACCAGGAUGGGAGGGAGAGGAGGGUGCGGUGCAAAGAGGUUUUUUUAUCCGCCCUUCCUUGCAGAAUCCCUUCCAGAUGUGGGGCUGCCGGUGCUCAUACCCCACUGCCUCGUGGUGCCAGCACGGACCGGGGGUGCCCCUGUGGGAUUUGCAGGCAGAUCCCACCCCAAACCCCUCCGCUCACUUAUGGAAUGGAGAUGCUUUUUUAUUAUUAUUUUUUCCCCCCAUUUCCCCCAGAUUUAGAGCACCGCCCCUCCUGUGACUCCCGGGUUGGAGUGACCUCCUCCCCCCCGAGCCCCCCAGCCCUGCCCGGCCCUGUCGCUGUCCCCUGGGCACGGCCCCGGCGCUGCUGGAGAAGCGGCUGGGAAAUCCCUGAGUGCUCUUACCUGGCUGGGACAGAACUUCCACCUGCCCCCGGCAGCUCACCCACCCCCACGCGUGUGCGCGGACACGGGCGUGACUCGCUGAUUCGGUGGCUGAUUUUGCGGGGAAGUUUUCCCCUCCCUGCAGCCGCGAUGCCAAAUUUCUCCGGGAAUUGGAAGAUGAAGAGCUCGGAAAACUUCGAGGAGCUGCUGAAGGCGUUGGGGGUGAACGUGAUGCUGCGCAAGAUCGCGGUGGCGGCGGCGGCCAAACCGGCGGUGGAGAUCCGACAGGACGGGGAGAGUUUCUACAUCCGCACCUCCACCCCCGUGCGCACCACCGAGAUCCGCUUCAGGGUGGGAGAGGAGUUCGAGGAGCAGACGGUGGAUGGGCGGCCCUGCAAGAGCCUGGCGCGGUGGGAGAGCGAGAAGAAGAUGGUCUGUGAGCAGCGGCUGCUCAGGGGGGACGGGCCCAAAACCGGCUGGGCCCGGGAGAUGAGCAGCGACGGGGAACUCAUCCUGACCAUGACGGCGGACGAUGUGGUGUGCACCAGGGUCUACAUCCGGGAGUGACCCCCACCCCCAACAGGCCCCCACCCCCAUAUCCCCCCUCCCCCACCCCUCAGCCCCCCACACUCACCCCCGGCCACGGGGAGGGCGCUGCAUCCCCCCGGGGUGGGUGUGUGGGGGGGGUACAGCAGCGAACCCCCUUUUUUGGGGGGGCACCCACGCGGGUUUCCCUCCCUCUGCAGGGUGGGGUCCCCCGGGGGCAGCGGGAUGGGCCCCGCGACCCCUCCCCAGUAUUUAUUUGUGACUAUGGCACCAGAGGGGCACCCCAAAGCCGCAGCCUGGGGCAGUGCCAGCUGCCAGCACCCCACAGGGUCCAACUUCGCUCUGUUCCCUCCUCCUUCCGCAAUAAAUCUCCUGUGGACACCC